UCAGGGUUUCGUUUAGUCUAAUCUUGGAGACAAAAAUUCUUCACUGCAGGGUUAGCCCUUCCGCUGGACCUUUAAGCCUUCAAGAAACAAUGUUGGCUGCUAAAACCCUUCCUCUGACUUCGCCUCUGUCCGCACCCUCAAAAGUAUCUGAUGAUUUUGCGCUCUCAUUCAAGAACUUCGUUCCGGUCUCAAAACGCAAUGAAAAACACAAAAUCAGUUGUCUCGGUUCAUCUUCACAAUCAGUAAUUGCGCCAGACAUGGGUACUCAGUCCACCACGGCACAAACCCGGGUCAAGAUUUUAUCCGAAGCAUUACCCUUUAUUCAGAAAUUCCGUGGCAAGACUAUAGUAGUUAAAUAUGGAGGAGCUGCGAUGAAGUCUGAGGCACUUCAGGCUUCUGUAAUUGCAGACAUUGUCCUUCUCUCAUGUGUCGGGCUCCGCAUUGUCUUUGUGCACGGUGGUGGGCCCGAGAUCAACCAGUGGCUGGGAAAACUCAGCAUCAAGCCCAAUUUUCUCAAUGGCCUCAGAGUCACUGAUGCGUCCACCAUGGAAAUUGUGUCAAUGGUGUUGGUUGGUAAAGUGAAUAAACAUCUUGUUGCUUUGAUCAACAAAGCAGGUGCCACUGCAGUCGGCUUAUCUGGGAUCGACGGUCGUCUUUUGACAGCUAGGCCCUCUCCCAAUGCUGCACAGCUUGGGUUUGUCGGGGAAAUUGCCAGUGUCGACCCCUCUAUAAUCCUGCCACUUGUCGAUAAUAACCAUAUCCCAGUGAUUGCCUCUGUAGCGGGUGACGUGACAGGGCAGUCAUAUAAUAUUAAUGCAGACACGGCUGCUGGUGAGCUUGCAGCGGCUUUGAGUGCGGAGAAGUUGAUUCUGUUGACUGAUGUAGCAGGGAUAUUGGAGGACCGUGAUGAUCCUGGGAGCUUGGUGAAGGAGAUUGAUAUCAAAGGGGUGAAGAUGAUGAUGGAGGAUGGGAAGAUUGCAGGUGGGAUGAUCCCCAAGGUGAACUGCUGCGUAAGGUCUCUGGCCCAAGGUGUUCGGACAGCUAGUAUAAUAGAUGGGCGGCUGGAGCAUUCACUACUUCUUGAGAUUCUCACUGAUGAAGGGGCUGGAACGAUGAUCACUAGGUAAACUACUUCCCACAAGUUGUAUUCAACAGUUGGAUGAACGAGCUGCUUCCCCAAUACGUCCUCCUAGAGGAAGUUUCUUAUCCAGUAAUAGGAGAGGCAUCGAUGCUGGCCCACUUCAGGUUUUUUACUCCAAAAAUAAAGUCUUUUUGCAAUUUACUUGUUAAUUGUGCUAAGUUGACAAUAAGUUAAUUUUUUUGCUGUAACGUAACUAUGCAUUCUUGUAACUGAGCUUGAGCAUGUAACCUUGAGGAAAGCUUUUCUUAAGAAACUAUUAGCCUCUAAAUUGCUUUGGCGAUUAGUAUUUUUAAUAGAUUUUUCAUUAAUGCUUU